AUGGAAGCUAUUAAACCUGUAUUUGAUGAACUUGCUUCGAAAGAAAGUUUAAAACGUGUGCUGAAUGGAUCCAGUCAAAAUCCUAAUGAGUCAUUUCAUUCACUCUUAUGGAAUAUGGCUCCUAAGAACAGAUUUUGUAGUGGAACUAUUAUUGAUGUUCGUCUUGGGUUGGCUAUUAUGAUAUAUAACGAUGGUUACUUAUCUAUUGGCGAAAUAUUACAUGAACUUCUAGGUGAAAUGGGUCAUUUUUCUUAUAUUGCAUUUGAUCGCAUGAAUAAACAACGGUUAAAAAAAGAAGCACAAUGGAGAAAGAGAAGAGGACAACAAACAGGUGAUGAUGAAGAUACAGACAAUGAUAAGGACGAAGAGAAUGAUGAUGAUACAGCUGAAGACUAUCAAUCUGGCGCAUAUUGA